UGACACUUUUGACAGUAAUGAAUUGAAGAGUUAGGUUAGAUUUAAAAAACAUAAUUUUUGUGCAAUUGUUAAUAUUUCAAUUUAAUUAUGAGGGUUUCUUUUAAUUCAUUAAAGUGUUUAUUCUCUAAAACCCAAACGAUAGUGUUUAAUUGUAGGAAAUUAUCGUCUUCACUUAGCGAACAUGCAGCCAAUUCCACUGAAUUUUUAUCCGAACCUUCGAGUAAUCAAAAAUUGUUGAAAGUAGCUAUAAUAGGCUUGCCGAACGCUGGAAAAAGUACAUUUAUUAACAAGUUAAUGGACAGAAAAGUUUUUGCUACAUCUCAAAGAGUACACACCACCCGAGUGAAAGCUAAGGCUAUAUUUUCGAGUGAAGAUACGCAAAUAAUUUUUGUAGACACUCCUGGAUUGGUUAAUGAAAGAGAGCAAAAAAAAUUCAAAUUAACACCACAAUUUAUAAACGAUGGUAGAGAAGUAGCCAAACACGCAGACAUUAUAGGUGUCAUACACGAUGUUUCUUGUCAUUGGACGAAGGAUAGAUUAGAUAUUAAAAUCGUUAGAAUUUUGGAAAGCAACAAAGAAAAGCCUAGUUUCCUAGUAUUAAAUAAGGUAGACGAUAUAAAAUCCAAACGAAAAUUGUUAGAUAUAACGAGGAACGUAACAGAGAAUUCCCUCGAUGGAAAACCGAUAGAACAUGUUAAACGAAAUUACAAAAAAGAAGACAACGAAUACAAAGGUUGGGCGUAUUUUUCCGACAUAUUUAUGGUUUCAGCUUUAACAGGAGAUGGUAUGGACGACGUUCGAAAUUACCUCGUAUCUAAAGCGAAACCCGGCCAAUGGCUGUUCCCCGAAGCCGUAUGGACCGAUCAAAACACCGAAUCGGUUAUCAUCAACACAGUGAAAGCGGCAUUAUUAAACUUUAUGCCACAAGAAGUUCCCUACAAACUCCAACCCAUCAUCGAGUACUUAAACGUAGAUGAAGGAGGUAAAAUCGUAACUGUGGUGAUAGUCAAAUGCCCUACUCAAAGAAUCUCUAAACUUCUACUCGGCCAUUCGGAGGGGCGAUUAAGGAAUAUAACUGAAUACGUUCAAAGAGAAUUGCAAGAGUGCUUCUACAGUUUCGUUAAGAUUAAAAUUGUACCACAUCCUCUACCAGAUGAGACUAGUCAAUAAAUAGUUUUGUUAGCAAUUAUUGCAAUUAUUUGUAACCUUAAAGUACUUAAUUUAGUAGCUCCAUUGUA